UAGAAAAUUUAAACAAGAUUUAGAAAAUCAGAUUAUAUCAGAAAUUGUUCGUAUUUAUAAACAAAAAACAAGUGAUGCAAUUGGUUUGAAUAUAUCAACAAGUACACAUAUUGAAACAGAAAAAAUUGCUCGUAGUGCAUAUGAUGAAAGUAUUGGAUCACAACCACCAAAUGGCGAUAAUAUAUUAAAAUAUGUUUAUGAUAUUAAUCGUUAUUAUCUUGAAAUAGCAUUAGAAAAAGUUCAAUUAAGUAAAGAUAAUAUAGUUAAUGAUCAAAUAAGUAAAUUAAAAAUAAUUAUGAACGAUUGUAUUAAACAAGCUAUAAAUGUUGUUAAAGAAAAUCAAUGUAGAAAUGUUAAAGAAGUCUAUAUAGAAGUAGCCAAACAGUUAGAUGUAGUUUUACCCGGAUUUACAGCAUCGGAAAUGAUUGGCAUAGCAGCUGAAAUCGGUAAUCCAGAUCAGUUUAUACAAGCUUUUCGACAAACUGAAUCCAGGCAAUAUGAAAUGGAAAAACAAAUUGAUAGACUUCGAUCUGAGUUUGAUGCUGUAGCUACUGAAUCAUGUGAAACAACAAUUCGUACACGCCUUGGUUGUCAGAUCUGUUGUCCAAAUUGUGGAGCAAAAUGUGAUAAUCCAGAGUUAAUUCAUGAAAAUCAUAGAAGUACUGAACAUAUUGCAAUGGCAUUUAAAGGAGUGAAGCACCACAAUAUUCACACACCAACAUUAGAAUUAUGUUAUCAGCAAUUGCAAACUGGUGCCUUCAUAGUUGGAAACGAAAAAUUUACUCCAAGAAGAAAAUAUUAUGAGGAUAGAGCAUCCGGAUGGCUUGCUGAUUUAGACUUGAAAUUUCAAAAUGGAGCACUUCGUAGUGAAUCAUAUCCACCACCUGAACAACGUCGAGCAUGGAUGGCUGUACGGAAUGUAUUGGUAGCUCAUUAUAAGAUGACAGAUCAUACUUCAUACGAUAAUGAUAUGUAUCCAUCAUCCAUACUUAGUUUACCAUCAGGAUAUACUCCAAAAUGGAAAUAG